AUGAGCUUGCAGUCGGAUGGCUUCAGCUACGUCACGGGAGGCGAUCCCAAUCCAGCAGAUGAUAAACGGCCCAAAAACAUCACCAAACCCAAGGGAUUCAAGUUCGUCUUCCAGGGCCGUCACGGUGCCGGCAAGUACAGCGGCCCACACGCAGACAUUUUGAAUUUCGCCAUAUACGAGUCUGGUACAGGCUCUGUUCUUCGAAUGUUUUCGCUGAGUCGCAUCCAUGGCGCUUUGGGCGAUCGCGGCCAAAACUACAAGACGUUGGCCUUCCUGGCUCAGAAAUUGGACUCCAAUAGCAAACUGACUCCGGUGCAUGGCUGUGGCAUACUGGCGGCAACUGCCCACGAGGCGUCGUUUUUCUUGCAGCACCGGAGUGUCCUGGACCUCAGCAGCCAAACUUGUUCAAGUGUUUGUGGAACGUCCCCUGCAAAAGUUUCGGAUUGUGACAAGCCGGACUUCGGCUCCUGCGGCAAUGCAUGCUGCUUGGCAGAGCUUUCUCUGCCAACCUCGCCUUUCCAGGCGUACACAGACACGAAGGAUGCGCUGAUGAGCUUGCAGUCGGAUGGCUUCAGCUACGUCACGGGAGGCGAUCCCAAUCCAGCAGAUGAUAAACGGCCCAAAAACAUCACCAAACCCAAGGGAUUCAAGUUCGUCUUCCAGGGCCGUCACGGUGCCGGCAAGUACAGCGGCUCACACGCAGACAUCCUGGAUUUCGCAAUCUACGAGUCUGGCAGCGGCUCGGUGCUUCGGAUGUUUUCGCUGAGCCGCAUCCAUGGGGCCUUGGGUGAUCGCGGCCAGAACUACAAAACCCUGGCCUUCUUGGCCAAGAAGCUGGACGGAUCGGAGAAGCCCACGCCCCUGUAUGGCUGCGGACUCGCGACCGAGUCGGAGAACCAGUUCAUGUUGGCGUAUGAGAACACCCAGUAA